UUUAUGGAUUAAAUGCUGUGCAUGAUGCAGAUAGAAUCUUACGUACGGCAGGACUAACUUCUUCCUAAUGUGGCAAUGAUUAGAGGUCGAGUUUUACGAAGUAGUAUUUAAAAUGGCCAGCUGCCCUUUGACUUCUUGUUGGUUACCUCUCGCGGCUUUCGAACAGUCUGUAAAUAAGGAUUACAGGAAUAAUUCUAGCAUAGAAAAUGCUACUACGACCAACGAAAUGGUCUCUACUCGGCGCCUCAGCUGCAUACGCUGCGGGGGCACAAGGCUUUGGGGCCCAUCGUCCUGCCAUUCAUGCAGCAGCGUACGAGGUCAUCGAGAACAGUGCUCUUUUCGACUUUGAGAAGAUCCAGUUGACUGACAAGGUUCUCGCCCAUCUCACCGAUCUACACCGUCUUAGGGAUGUCGCGCUUUUUUCCUUCGAUGGAGACACACCUGAUAAUACACGUUCUACUCACAACAACACUUCUUUUCCUAAGUGCAAAUUGUUGCCGGGUGACCUCACGUAUCCCAGUCAAGAGGAUUGGAUAAGUUUGGAUGCUCUUAGCGACGGUGCAUUGAUUAAAACGGUUCCUAUCGGCGCUGUCUGCUACGAGGGGGAGGUUUAUGAUUCACGCAAAUGCCAGUUUCUCCUCGAUAACUGGAAUGUCUCGGACACCCACGUUGGUGACCCAUCUUCGGUCAUGUCGCCCAUAUUCGUGGGCCAGACCUGUAUGCCGCAGGACGCUGUCGUACCUGGCAAUAGCAGCUGCACGCUGGGGGGCUUUCCAUCGUAUUCGCUCAACGUGACCACUGUGGCCCAGAUCCAACUUGCAGUCAACUUUGCUCGCAAUCAGAACCUUCGACUCGUCAUUCGCAACACGGGACAUGAUUUCCUAGGAAAGAAUACCGGCGAGGGAGCUUUAUCGAUUUGGACCCAUCAUUUGAACGACAUCAAGGUCAUCCAUCAUUAUAAGUCUGCCGCAGGACGCUACAGCGGUCCAGCUUUCAAGCUGGGCGCUGGUGUGAUGGUGUACGAGCUCUAUGACGCCGCAGAGCGUGAGGGAUACACAGCUGUCGGAGGGGAGUGUCGCACCGUUGGUGUGACAGGUGGCUAUCUCGCCGGCGGGGGUCACUCUCCUAUGACAUCGAUCUAUGGGCUCGGCUCCGACCAGGUCCUCAGUGUCGAGAUGAUCACCCCCGACGGCCGUUUCAUCACAGCUGAUGAGACGCAAAAUACCGAGUUGUUCUGGGCUGUCCGCGGCGGCGGAGCUGCUACUUGGGGCGUGGUCACCUCGAUGACUGUCAAGGUACAUCCGAAGACACUCGUGUCAGGAAUGGAAUGGGACACGACAACGGUGGCCAUGAACAUCACUGACGAUGUCUUCUGGAAGGCCAUCGAGGCGUACUGGACACGUUAUCCUGAUUUCUCAUUAGCCAAGUCUUAUGGGUACUGUCGCAUGUCGCCGCUACCUGGAGGUACUGGGGGUUACGCCUGGCGCGCCAAGCCGUUCAUGGUGCCUGGCAUGGCGCUCGCCGACUUUAAGCAGCUCGUCGAGCCGUUGCUGAGCGAGUGGGCGGCGCUCGGUGUCGACCCGAACAUCACCUUCUUCGAACACGAUAGUCUCUACGGCGCAUGGAGCCAACACUUCCCAACCUCCGUCGUGGGAAGCCGAUAUGGUCGCACAGCAUCGCGACUCCUGCCACGGCGCAAUUGGGAGGACACAGGACUGCUCCGCGACACGAUAGCCACAGUGCGUGGGCUAGUUGAGGACGAAGGGGCGUUCCUCGUGCAUUACAACAUCAAUGCGGACGCGCCACCCGACGCGGCCGACAGUGCGGUGAACCCGGCGUGGCGUGAUGUGAUCAUGUUCAACAUCAUCGGGCUCACAUGGGACGAGGAUACGCCCACGCACGAGGUCGCUGCUAUCCACGAGAGGCUCACGAAUGACCUCGCCCAGCGUCUUAAAGACAUCAGCCCCGGUGCGGGUGGCUACCUUAACGAGGGUGAUGUGAUGGAUCCCGAGUGGGCUGAUUCCUUCUACGGCGCCAACUACGAGCGCCUCCUUCAGAUUAAGAAGAGGGUAGAUCCCAAUGGCUUAUUCUGGGCACCCACUGCGGUUGGCAGUGAGGACUGGAUUGUAACCGGCCAAGAGCCAUAUAUAACAACCCAGUUCGGCCGCCUUUGCCGUAAGUAAACGAUGGGCUAGAAAAAGUCCAGCAAUCGAAGCUGGCAUGUAUUAACGCGAUGGCUUCGUCUAGCUCGCCUUUCUACAGCAGCCCUUGCUGAAUGGAAAACCUUUUCAAGGUCUUUGGCUAGAGCCUGACGCCCUAAGUGUCAGAGGUGGGUAUCCCAGAAUGAAUACUCAGCUGUUCGUGACGAAGUAGGUAGGCAGAAGGGUGUGCAUAGGGGCCAAUAGUCAUUGAUUCCUGAACCUCUCAACUCUCAAAGGGGUGGGCAACCCCCUAUACAUAACUAGAAGAUCUACUAUAGCAAACCUUAGGGUCCUUGCAACGAUACACUCUAAGACUAAG